AUGGCUGCCUUCAUGUCUACCUCCUUCCUCUUGGCAGUGCACUUCUCCACGUUCAACUCAGAGUGCUUCCGACCAUUCGUCCGGCACUAUGAGCCGGUGACCUAUGACCCAGCGGCCCUAGAGAAGGCAGUCCACAGGGCCCGGAGAGCAGCUGAUGGGGACGAGGAGCCGAUCCAGCUAGAAUUCCCAGCAUAUCAGAGGGUGUUUCGACUCAGCCUGAGGCGCAACCGUGAGGCUCUCUCUGACGACUUUGAGCUCAUCAGCAUGGGAACCACGGAGCCCUUUGAUGCGUCUUUCCUCUAUUCAGGGGAGCUGCGAGAUCGGGAGCUCAUUGCAGGUGCAGCCCAUGCCUGCCCCAUCUGCCUUUCCAGCCAGAAGCUCCCUGAGGGCAGAGACACAUCUGUAAGGGGGAACCACCAGCAUCUAGCAGAGCUGGGCCUUGAUGAACCGGGCUCUUCCUGCCACGGCUCCGUAAUCCGCGGUGUCUUUGAGGGUUUCAUCCGCACCCAAAAUGGCACUUACUACGUGGAGCCCGCGGAACAGUCCAUGGGCAACCAGAUGGUGCCAACUCCAUCCCUCAUCUACCACCAGAGGGAUAUCGCCAGCGUCUAUACGUGCUGUUUAGGCCCCAUGGGCACCUGCAUGCUGAAGAUCGUUUUGGAGGCCUCAAAUUAUUCCCGGUUGCAAGACUUGCGGUUUCCUUUUUUGAUGCUGACGAUGAGUCCGACCUUGGAGACUCUCCAGACAGAGCCAGAGUUGGAGGAAGCUGGCCCAAGGCAGAAACGCAGUCUUGAUUACUCCAAGACAUCCUGCCUUAUGCAUUUCAAGGCCGACUACUUGUUCUACAAGAGGUUUGGGAGCUUGGAAAUGGUGGUGGCUCAGGUGGCCAACUAUGUGAGAGCCGUGAAUGCCAUAUACGAAAGCACCAACUUUGCCGGGAUACGACACAUAGAGUUCAAAGUGAAAACCUUACACGUUGUCCAGGAAGAGGAUGCCACUGGGCCCACCCACUCACCCUUCAUUGGCCCCGAAAAGCUGCUGAUGCUGCAUGCACGCACCAACUGGGAUGGGUACUGCUUGGCAUACCUGCUAACCGACCGGGACUACAGCGGAAUCCUGGGGAUCGCAUUCAACGGGCAGCCCGGGGACUUGGGCGGUAUCUGCUCCCGAUACAGGAUGUUCCAGGGUACACUGAGGUCACUGAACAGCGGACUGAUCACCCUGCAGAAAUACGGCCAGUACUUACCUCCCCGCAUCGUCCACCUGACCCUGGCUCACGAACUCGGUCACAGCCUAGGAGCCCAACAUGACGAAAGUGAGGAGUGCGCGGGCUACGACGUGGACACCACCAGGGGAAACUAUCUGAUGUUUGGCCAGGCCACGGACGGCGAGCAGCCCAACAAUGACCGCUUCUCCCCGUGCAGCACCACCUUCAUCGGCAAGAUCCUGCGUGCCAAGAAGGACCAGUGUUUCGUGGAAACCGACCGGCCCAUCUGUGGAAACCGCAUCGUAGACCCAGGGGAGGAGUGCGAUGUGGGCGCCGACCCCACCGACCUCUGCUGCUACCCAGCCGGCGAGUCAGCCGGUCGCCAGUGCCAGCUGAAGCCAGGAGCGCAAUGCAGUCCAAGCCAGGGCCCGUGUUGUGACCACGCCUGCACCCACCACCCAGCUGGCCAACUGUGUCAAGAGGAAACAGACUGCACCCAAGAGAGCACCUGCCCGGGAAGCACUGCUGCCUGUCCAGACCCCUCCCCAAAAGAAGACUUCACCCCCUGCAGCCUGGGCACCCAGCUCUGCCUUGGUGGGCGCUGCCAUGGCUCCCUCUGCCUCCCGCACAGCCUGGAACAAUGUGACUGUGCCAGCAGCUCCAUGCGUGAGAAGUGCCACCUCUGCUGCCAGCAUCCAGGGAAGCCCCACACCUGUGCCAGCACCACCUCAUCUGUCCUGGAAGCCGAAUUCAACGGCAGCCGGAUCCCGCUGGCUCCCGGCACGCCCUGCUGGGACCGCAGCGGCUACUGCGACCGGCUCCACGUCUGCCGGCUGGUGGAUGAAGACGGGCCCCUCGCUCGAGUCAAAAAUGCCAUCGUGGGCUUUGUUGAGCUGGAGGACGCAGCUGCCUGGAUGAAGACUCGCUGGUGGGCAAUCCUCCUGGGCAUCCUGACCCUAGCAGCCCUGAUGGCGGGCACCAUCUUCCUCUUUGGAAGGACCCUGGACAGUGAGGCAGGCCCGGAAACAAAGAGCAGCUCUGCAGAGCCUGCUGAGCCAGAUCCUGGGCCAAGCGUCACCACAUUCUGGCAGCGGGAGAUCUACAUUCAUACCUGUGUGGAGCAAGAGACUAUCAUAGAGCUGACAGGGGGAACCCACUGA